AUGGGGCUGGAGACCACCUUCCUGUCCCCGCCCAACGCGGUGGCGCCACCGGCCUACAGCGCAUCCGACUCGAUGUCGUCAAGCUCGUCGGCCCGCUUCCCACCAACGGUCUGGUCGCUGAUCCUUUCGCACUUCCUCUCCGUCUAUCCGCCCCACGAGGGAGGGCUGAGCGCCUCGCUCUCCGACCUGCACCGCUCCGUACGCCUCGUCAACCGCACCCUGCACGCCCUCACCACCUAUGUCCUGCGCGCCCACUUCCUGCCGCAGUACGAGGCCCGCGUCGUGCCGCCCUACACCUCCUCGCCCCUCUCGCCGCGAGAGGUGAGGGUGCUCGACCACUUUAUCGCCUUUCGCAUCACGCUCGAGAUGUGGCACUUCCAGUCCAGCCUGCUCGUGCUCGACGACAAGGGCGUAGAGGACGACCUGUUCAGGUGGCUACAGCCACAGACCCGCCUCGAAGACCUGCUGGCGCAGCACCCGUCCGCAUCGCAGGUGUGGACGCAGACGGGCGUCGACUGGAACGACCUCACCGUGUCGUACAGGGUGCGCAACGUCGCGCUCCUCUUGCCCUUCCAGAGCGGCAGCCAGCUCGACGAGUCAAAGACGACAGAAUGGGACACAGCCCUGGAUGACGACGACGACGCCGACCUGCAUGACACUACUCGACCGGCAGCGGCGGUGAGAAUCAUACGCAAGGCGUUCCUGGAGAUGAGGAUCCCGCGCUCGCAGACGCUCGAGGCCACUGCCGAAGAGCUGCUGCGGUCGCUGAGGAAAUACAGGCUGGUACGAAAGGUCCAGGGCGACGGCAGGCCUUUCUACGAGGUGGUCGGACAGGCGUAG